CAGUCACUUAACACAACAACCCCUGACUAGCGAAACACAAUAGAUCUAUAGUCGUCAUAACUUGCGGUUUCAGUUCAGUGCUUUUUGUAAGAGAAAUACACCAUUUUUACCAGUCAGUGUUAUGCAUGGGGAAACCAAACUAAACGGAGAUCCUUCAAUACAAUUCGCUAUACACACAGCUUCACUCUAGUUCAUUUUCCUUGGGGUUUUCAAUGUUAUUUUGAGGCGCAUACUGUGCGUGGGAAGAACCGAACUUUCGACAGAACAGGUGUAAGUAGGUCAACACUAGUAGUACCACACCCAUGUGAUUGAGAGUGUAAUGUGAUAAAAGCAGGGGGCGGGGCUUUACUUUCAAGUGGGAACUACUGUUCGAGAUACACCCCCUGUUUGUAGAAUAUCGACUGGCUUAAGAUUGACUUGCGGAAUGUCAAAGACUGGCUUGACUGUUGACAUGAAUCCAGCACAGAAACUCGUGUCCGUUGAGAGGGACAAAGACAUGAAAACUGUUGCUGUCAUAAGUCUCAACCGCUCACCAACAAAUGCCCUGAACAGAAAAGUCCUACAUGACUUGAUCACAAUCCUGGACGACUUGGAGCAAGACUACAGCUACAAGGGAGCCAUUCUUACAUCGUCGGUUCAGGGUGUGUUCUGUUACGGCCUAGAUGUGGCCGAAAUGUACCAGAAAAGUUUUGAUAAAUUCAGAGAUUUUUGGAAGGCUCUACAAGACGCCUGGGUCCGGCUCUACACCUCCAGACUAGUCACCAUAGCUGCAAUUAAUGGGACUGCCGUGGCCGGUGGGUGUCUUCUGGCACUUAGUUGUGACUACAGAAUCAUGGUGAAGGGCCCGUAUUCAAUAGGAUUGCCAGACACAGUCAUUGGCCUGACUAACUCAUCUUGGGUCUUUGAAAUGUUCGCCAGAGUGCUUGGCAAUAGACAAGCAGAGUUGAGUCUGCAGCUCGGAUUGGAAUACACGAUAAAGGAGGCUGUGGAAGUCGGGAUAGUAGACAGAGAAGCACAUCCUAAGAAACUGAUGGACACGUGUAAGGAGGAGAUGACAAGAUGGCUGAAAAUACCAGACUUCUCUCGGGUCCGAACUAAGAGGAUGAUCCGAGAACCCGUUGCCCUACAACUGACGGGCAACCCCGAAGGCGACACCCAAAAUAUGUACAGCUAUAUCAGCCAAGAGGUUGUCCAAGAAACGCUGGGUAAAGUACUCAAGAAAAUAAGCAACCCAUCAAAAUAAGAAUAAUUAAUCCACAAAGCAAUGCAUUCAUUUUUUUAGGUGGUAUAGUUUUAAGGGCGAGAGGGCAAUCAUGGGUUUGUUUAGGGGUGAAUAUGAACCGGACUCUAUGCAAUCAGUAACUGGUUACUUAUUCAUGUGCAAAAAAAUGAACCGGUAGCUGACUUUUUCAAGUUGAAAUAAGUGUAUGACAAUCUGGAUAAGGAGUAGAGAACAAUGUGUACUGUCAUUACGGUAACAGAAUGACAAUCAUUGGUUCACCCUGAUCAUGAGACCCCUUUCAUGACGUCAACAUCCCAAACAGCGCCCCCACUGAGGUCAAUGAAGUUUUGGCCGAGCAUUGUGGUGUGUAGGCUGUACAUGAGGUGUCCAUUGUUUUACCUCGGCGAUGGCGGUCUAUGCAAGGGGUCAUUAUUUUUGUUGCAAAAUGGGACACCUUUUGGACGUUAGGUGGCAGCAGACUAACCGGGUGAAACCAUUGUUCUCAGUAAUGUGCGCAUGCUCAGAACUACGUAAACAUGGAAAUUUACUUGAUAAGUCUGCUGCCACCUAGCGUCUCGUUUUGGAAGGGUCUAAUGUUUUUUUCCUGGCAAAGCUUUAAAAGGAAGGCUAGACCUACAUCUAGUCUUGAAACAAAGUUAUUGUUGUCUGAAACGUCGAGCAGAAACCGACUCUUCCCAGAGCCACUACCACUUACAACAGAAGUGUCACCACAAACAUUACUUAUACUAAUAAUAAUAAAAUAAUAAUAAUAAUACAAGUCUUAGAAACCGCUUAUUUCGAAGUGUUUUACUUCUUUUCAGUGUACAAAGUGAGGUUUAAUAUAUAUGCAUGUGUAUAUAUAGACAAAAAAAACUUCUAGGAAACUACAUUAAGACAAGUUCAGUCUUUUCAAAAAAGACGUACUUCUUCUGGGCUAACGUGAAAAAAAGUCGAAGCUAAACAACGGCUUUAAAUUAUCCUUUGGUCCAUAAAAAAUAAAUUCAAUGUAUUUUCAAACAUCUUUGAGAAACCUUUUGCCUAUUGAAAUGUUUUCUAUGAAAACAGAUAAACACUAAUAACAUUACAGUUAAGAACAACGGGUUUACGUAAAUUAUUAACUGUUAUUAUUCUAAUGAAUCAAGUUAUUAUAUCAACAGGCAUGCAAUGUCAAGUUUAAUUUACGAUAAAGUUCCAUUAAAUAUUCUGAGUUUGGCCACAAAAAACUUGGAAAGCACAACCUUUUCAGUGAGUGUGUUUACGUUGAAUUAAUUAUAAGUCAUAAAACUUUAGUCACUGGUUUUUGCAUAAUCCCAUUUAGUCCACUUUUUGAAAAAGCAAUUAAUAUACAUGGCGUUAACAGGUGUGAGUUGUCAGACGAAAAGGAUGUGUCUUUUUAAUGCUUCUUACUUUAACGGUGCAUUCCCGUAUUGAGAAAAAUGACAUGUGGUCUACACCGUGCAUGAAAGGAAACAAGUCAUUAUGCAAAUUUAUGCUAAGUUAAUUACAUGCUAAUUGGUUGGCCUGCCCGCUUGUGAAGCGUGACGAAAUUGCACUGUUUGCCUAGCCCAUUUCGCACUAACCGGGUCUAUCUGAAUAUUAUAGCAGUCCAUAUGAGUACACGCAGCGUUUUUUAACCUUACAAUAAUUUUGUGUGCAUUUUUUUACUCCCAAAAAUGGCAAGCAUGGCGGACAGUAGCAAUUGGCGUUGGUUAUGGGUCUAGUAUAAUUAUUGACAUGUUCUAUUUGCAAACUGACUAUGAAUCAAAUGUUGAGACAAUUAACAACACUGACAAUCACAGUAAAA